GGCUGAGUCGUCUCCCCGCGGCCGGAGUUGGAGGCAGCCGGAUCCAGGCUGGAGCGGAGCCGACAGUGGCUGCAAGGCGGCGAGCGGGCCUGUCUUUUCUCGGUGCCGAGACUCGUGGGUUCUGCGUGGAGGGCACGGAGGAGGCGCGGCCUGCCUUGCUCGCACAGCUGCCGCCGCGUGCCCCGAGCUCGGCGGGCCGCCGGGGACUGGAGGCCGUGAGGCGCCGCGGCCUGGCUUCCUGGGAGUUACUAAGUGGCUUCUCUGAAGAAUCAUGAAGUCAUACUGUGUUGUGUUAACUCUAGCCUUCCUAAUGUUCCUGAUGUGUCUCCCUGUGUCCCUGAGCUGUAACAAAGCACUCUGUGCUAGUGAUGUGAGCAAAUGCCUCAUUCAGGAGCUCUGCCAGUGCCGGCCUGGAGAAGGAAACUGCUCCUGCUGUAAGGAGUGCAUGCUGUGUCUUGGGGCCCUUUGGGAUGAGUGCUGUGAUUGUGUUGGUAUGUGCAACCCUCGAAAUUACAGUGACACCCCUCCCACUUCAAAGAGCACGGUGGAGGAGCUGCAUGAGCCUAUCCCUUCCCUCUUCAGAGCACUCACUGAAGGAGAUACCCAAUUGAAUUGGAACAUUGUUUCCUUCCCUGUUGCGGAAGAACUUUCACAUCAUGAGAAUCUGGUUUCAUUUUUAGAAACUGUGAACCAGCCACACCACCAAAAUGUGUCUGUUCCCAGCAAUAAUGUUCACGCACCUUAUUCCAGUGACAAAGAGCACAUGUGUACUGUGGUUUAUUUUGAUGACUGCAUGUCCAUACAUCAGUGUAAAAUAUCCUGUGAGUCCAUGGGAGCAUCCAAAUAUCGCUGGUUCCAUAAUGCCUGCUGCGAGUGCAUUGGUCCAGAAUGUAUUGACUAUGGUAGUAAAACUGUCAAAUGUAUGAAUUGCAUGUUUUAAAGAAUGAAAAGAAAUGCAAGCCAAAGCAAAAUAGGAUGACAUGAAAAGUUAUUCCGUGAGUCCACUGGCUGCUGCCAAUAAGUUAUGACUUGUGAAGAAUUCAUAAUGAUUUAAAGUAAGGCAUAUCUAGGAGUGUGUUAAAUUAUAUUACUAUAACUGUGCUUACUGAGUUUACUGCCUAUUAGCAGUAUGUCUUUUUCCUUUGGAGACAUGUAGAACUUUGAUCAUAUAAGAAGCAGGUGUACAGAGGAUUCCUGGAAAGAUCUGUUUUUUGACACAAAGCCUGGUGCUGUUUUCAUCCAGCCUUACAAAAGCUUUUUGUUUUGAAGUGAUAGUAGAAGGCUGUUAGCGUGAGUUCUGGUUUCUUCACCUGCUAACCCUAGGGCAGCAAGUCUUUAUAGUUGUAUGCAGUUCUUCACUGUACCUUAUAUUAUUUAUCUGUUUUGUAUAAAUAGAGUAAAUAUUUAAAUAUAUCACUCUGAAAACUCGCAUACAGAUCACUAUGGAAAGCUUAAUUUCAAACCAUUUUACAUUGGUUUUAGAAAGUAAAUGUGUUUCGCUAGGCAUGUUAGCACACACCUUUAAUCCCAACAUUUCGUAGGUAGGCAGAGGCAGCAGAUCUCUGAAAUCAAGGCCAGCUUGGUUUACAUAGUGAGUUCCAGGCCAACUGGGACUCCACAGAGACCCUGUCUCAAAGAAAGGAAAAAAGAAAAAGAAAAGUAAAUGUUUACUAUAUUCUACAAUAAUAAUUUUUUUUAAACCCCUCUUACAUAGGACUAGUGAGAUGGCUCACUGAAUAAAGACACUUGCCAAUUCCCACAACUCAUUUAGUCAAAGGAGAGAACCAACCCCUGCAUGUUGUUCUCUGGCCUUCAGACAUGCACAGUGGCAUGGAUACACAUGUACACAUGUGCACACACAAACACAAUAAUAAUUAAAUAAAAAAUUUUAAAACUCUUACAUAGUAAAAUCCAUCCUAUAAUGUACAUGCUGACACUGCUCUAGGAAAAGUUUCUCAUUCUCUUCCAUUCCCCUGCCAAAUUGCUGAUGCAUUGAUGUGUAAGCAGUAGAGUCAUCUCUACCAAGAAUUUCAGGAUGCACCCUUGAAACUGCAUUGAAUGCACAAUGAAGGUAUGAGUAUGGAAAUUGAAAGUAAAAACAUUUGCUUGAGGGUUGGAAAUUGACUGCUACAUCAGACUCCACACAGCAUCAAGGCUGGGGAUACAUGGCCAGGUCAGUGUUCUACACAGCACUAAGGCUGGGGACACAUGGCCAGAUCAGACUCCACACAGCACCAUAGCCAGGCACUGAAUGCCAGAUCAGACUCCACACAGCACCAUGGCCAGGCACUGAAUGCCAGAUCAGACUCCACACAGCACCAUGGCCAGGCACUGAAUGCCAGAUCAGACUCCACACAGCACCAUGGCCAGGCACUGAAUGCCAGAUCAGACUCCACACAGACCAGGGAAGCACUAUAGUUGAUUGUGAGGCUGCACCAAAAGGGAUCAGCUCAGCAUUAGCAAGACAGAGCCAGGUUCUUGAGCAAAUGUGUGAUUUUGGAGGGGUUUGAAGAAAAGAAUUUAUGGGUAUGAACAGGGAAGGGGGAAAUGCUGGGAACACUUAAUGGGAUCAAAUUUAAGACCAUUUAUGUUCGUUAUUUUUGUUACUUUGUAAUCCUUUAUUUGUUAAAUUUUUAUCUGAACCUAAUGUUCUUAUUAAAUAAGCAUCAUAUUGUGGGAGGCUAGGUUUCUGAAAUGAAAAAAAAAAAUCGGUUCAAGAUGACGUUCACGCCUAACACUACAGAAUUAUCUAGUUAACUUCUUAUGUAGUGUUUCAAUAGAGAUGAUCUUAAAUAUUAUGUACCCUUCAUAGUAAUAAAAUCCCCACCUUCAAGCAUGAAGCAUAUAUCUAAAAUAUUUGUAGUUCACAGACUCAGUUUUAUAAAAUUUCUAAUUUCUCUAAUGCACAUUUGAAUUAAAAAGUAACUUUUUAGGAACACCUCUUUAUAUGUCUACAUAUUUUAGUCUGCAAAAUAAAUAAUGCUCUUAAAUAUAUUUUGUAUUAUCUGAUCAGUAGUUACAGGACCAUUUGUGAUAUUACAGUUUUCUGUUAUAAAAUUUAAAGCCUUGAUACUGUUCUUGCUCUUUCAGCUAACUAGUGACUAUUCAAGGCACUUUAGCCUUUUAAGAAACUGAGUUAGUUCAAGGAUGUAUUUGGUAGUUAUGCACUGAGGUGACCUUUCUUACUUUACAUAGAGUGCCUCUCUUUAAAUGUGCCUUGAAAACAUUUUAUGCCUUCUUUAGCUCCUAUAUAGCUAAGGGUUUUCUUGAACCUAGGGGGUUUUAAAGGAACCUGCAGCUAGCUGCUUCAUUUCAACUUCGUUAAUUUUUAAGAAAUAUCAUGCUUAUGAAUAGAAGAAUGCUAUUGUUUAUUGGCAGUAUGCCUCAUGUUUUCUUAAUGAUGACCACAAACAUUUUAAAACUAUAUUCAGCAUCUUUUUUUUUUUUUUUUUUUUUUUUUUUUUUUUUUUUAAUAG